ACUUUCCCUUAUAAAUAAUUUCCAAACAAAGCCUAUGGUGCCUCAAUUUUGAACUCCACACAAAACCCUAAACCCCAAUUUUCUUUCCCAACUUCUUCUUCUUCCUAAACACACAUACACACAAGAGCGUGAAUUUGGGGUGACCAAUGGCGUAUUGCCGCCAGCGUGAUUUCAUGUUCUGCGACCUAUGUGGAACCAUGCUAUCUUUUGAUAAGACCAAGUAUGCCCGCUGCCCUCUCUGCAAAUUCAAACGGAGUUAUAAAGAUAUUGCUGGAAAAGAAAUAACUUAUUCUGCCACUUCUGAGGAAAUUAAAAGGGAACUGGGCAUAGUGUCAAUGGAUGAAUUUCAGGAAGAGCAACAAAAGAAACAAAUGGACCACAAUGCAAAAUGUACUAAAUGCGGCCAAGUCGGACUCUAUUACAUUCCAAGACAGAUCAGGUCAGCUGAUGAAGGACAGACGCUUUUCUAUGACUGCCCUAAAUGUGGACAUAGUUUUAAUGAGAAUUCAUAAAAGCAAGAAUAUGAAAAUGGUUUUCCUUUUGAUCUCGACUUGGUAAUUCAGUGUCAGUUUAUUUUUGUUUAUGGUUUUUCAUUUUUGUGUUCCGCAACCGAAUUCCUUUUCAUGUAGGUUAUAUUGCGUUAGCUUCUCCCUCUC